AUGCCAUUCUGCUGGUCGAUGGUGGCCACCACAACUCGACGAUCUGGGUCCCACACAAUGUCGUGGGUCACCCCAAUUCUAUUACUGAUUGCUUUUUCGACAGUCGCACAUUCAAUGUCAAUUCCACUCCGUGAGGUAAUUCUUCAAUGGUCCGACGUGGCUGCUCCAGAAAUGCUCUCAAGUGGUUAUCAACGGUCAUCUAGAUCUUUUAACAUGGGUCCCGACGUCGUGUAA